GAUCAGCAUCUUCUUCUUAUUCAUCCCCAAGCAUUCUUAGCCCCAAAAACCCCAAAACCCCCAAAAAUGGUGGUCACUCUGAGACUGCCUUCUCUCACCUCCUUCUUCUCUCCCUCCAUCUCCGCCCGGUACCCGGCGGCUCUGCGGCGGCGCCACCAUCUUUGGCCUCCGCCGUUCUCCGUCAGGGCCUCGGCACAGAGCACGGCGGCGGAGACCGAGAACCGAGUCGACGGCGGCCAGAGGAGCCGCGUCCAGGACCGAGCCGUCACGCCUCGGUCGCAGGACUUCAAUGCUUGGUACCUCGACGUCAUUGAUUCCGCCGAGCUCGCUGAUUACGGUCCUGUUCGAGGCACCAUGGUCAUUCGUCCCUACGGUUACGCCAUUUGGGAAGCCAUUCAGGACUAUUUGAACGUGAAGUUCAAGGAGACUGGCCAUAGUAAUAUGUAUUUCCCUCAGUUUAUACCGUACUCGUUCAUAGAGAAAGAAGCUAGCCAUGUUGAGGGUUUCAGUCCGGAACUAGCACUUGUUACAAUUGGAGGAGGAAAAGAACUUGAAGAAAAACUUGUGGUUCGACCUACAAGUGAAACCAUAGUGAAUCACAUGUUUACUCAGUGGAUUCAUAGUUACCGUGAUCUUCCUCUUAUGAUUAACCAGUGGGCAAAUGUCACGAGAUGGGAGAUGCGCACAAAACCUUUUGUGAGGACUCUUGAAUUUCUUUGGCAGGAGGGCCAUACUGCUCAUGCCACUCCAGAAGAGGCAGAAAAAGAGGCUAUACAGAUGAUCGACGUCUAUACAAAAUUUGCUUACGAGCAAACUGCAAUACCUGUUAUUGCAGGUCGAAAAUCAAAAGUUGAGACAUUUGCUGGUGCUGAUAGGACUUAUACAAUAGAGGCUAUGAUGGGUGAUCGGAAGGCGCUACAGGCUGGAACUAGCCAUAAUCUUGGGCAGAACUUCUCGCGCGCGUUUGGAACGCAGUUCACUGAUGAAGGAGGUCAAAGACAGCAUGUAUGGCAAACGUCAUGGGCUAUCAGUACUCGCUUUGUUGGGGGUAUAAUCAUGACCCAUGGAGAUGACACAGGUUUAAUGCUUCCUCCAAGGGUUGCACCAAUCCAGGUGGUGAUUGUACCAAUUUGGAAGACAGAUGAUGAUAGGGCAGGAGUUCGUAGUGCUGCAUCAUCUGUAAAAGAGGUUCUGCAAACUGCCGGAAUUAAAGUUAAACUUGACGACUCUGAGCAGAGAACUCCAGGAUGGAAAUUCAAUUUUUGGGAGAUGAAGGGAGUCCCUUUAAGAAUUGAAAUUGGUCCGCGUGAUGUUGCAAGCCGGAGUGUGGUCAUAUCUAGGAGGGAUGUUCCUGGGAAGCAAGGAAAGGUUUUUGGAAUAUCGAUGGAGCCUGCAACAUUGGAGGCUUAUGUCAAAGACAAAUUGGAUGAGAUCCAGUUAUCUCUUUUGGGGAAGGCAACAUCAUUUCGUGAUAGCAACAUUGUGGAUGUUACCUCAUACGAUGAACUUAAAGAGGCAAUCUCCGAAGGCAAAUGGGCAAGGGGUCCUUGGUCAGCUAGUGACGCGGAUGAGUUGAAAGUGAAAGAAGAAACAGGGGCAACUAUUAGGUGUUUCCCUUUUGAACAGUCUCAAGGGAUUAAAACAUGCCUGAUGACCGGUAAUCCCGCCAAGGAAGUUGCCAUUUUUGCAAAAUCUUACUAAAACUUGGAAAGCUCGCCUUAUACUGUCCCCGCAUGAUUUCUAUUUUUGGCAACCUGUUUUCUUGCAAUCCGGAUAUUUUUCAAAGCUGCGCGUUUGUUUUUUUGUUUUUAUCUUCAUUGAUCAUUGAUUAUUAUUCUCUCAACUUUGGGGAUUGAGCAAGAAAGUAAUCUUUAUUGGGUGGUUUUUGUCUUUCUUUGGAUCGUUUUUGUAUUUUUUUUAUUUGACAUGUAAACAGAUAGAUACCCCUAGAUAUUUUAUAUAAUCAGCUUUAUAACGGUGAA